GGCGGCUGCGGGCGGGCGGACGGGCGGACUGGAGCGAGGGCUUCCCCGCGCCUUAGAUCAACAGAAGAGAUUCUUGGGUCCUAGAGACCAAAGAAAGAAUCAGCAGGAAUGCCCAGGGUGAAUGAUGGAUUGCAGAGCCUGGCUGAACUCAACAAAAAUCCAGUGGGAGGCUUUUCAGCAGGUUUAAUAGACGACAAUGAUCUCUAUCAUUGGGAAGUCCUUAUUAUUGGUCCUCCAGAUACACUUUAUGAAGGUGGUGUUUUUAAGGCUUAUCUCAUUUUCCCAAAAGAUUAUCCCCUCCGGCCUCCUAAAAUGAAAUUCAUUACAGAUAUUUGGCCCCCAAAUGGCAAGCUUCCUCUGAUUUGGAACAAAAUAAAAACAGGCUGGUCUUCCCUUGUACCUGACACAGGCAAAUUGAGCUGGCCCAGACAGCAGAGCUCUGUAAGGAAAAACAGUGGCUCUGUCAGCAACUAUGGCACAGGAAGGUCACCUUUUCAUCGUGGUGCUAACAUCCAACUGGAGUGGCAGUAUUACCAAAAUAAAAUCCUGAAAGGAGAAGCAGAUCAUGCUGACCCAGAAAGUGGAGAUUUGAUUGCUGAGAUUAAAGGCUUGAGCCACCAUGAUUAUCUGUAAUAAAGUGAGGUGUUAGAGCCUGUGGCCUAGUGAAGUGAACAUCGGGGCUGGGCGAGUAUGGACUCAGAGAUGACCAACUCUGUGUGUGUGUGUUCUUCAGUCUCAGGUUCCUUUUGUUAUUUGACCUCUAUACAAUAGGGUCUGAUUACAGGUUACUCUUUACAGGACCGGUGGGUGUAGGUCUGGCCUUAGAGAUAACAAACUCAGAUCAGGAGAUUUACAUUUGAGUUAAUACAAAGCUCAGAGCUGCCUCAAAGCUGCUCAAAGCUGCAGAGGCUUGAGAGAUGCAGUUUUGUCUUGCAGGCCUCACUUAGAGAGUUUCUGGCCAAAAGAACAUUUUUAACAGAUCCAUACAGAUGUGGUUCAAAAUGAAGUUCAAACUUAGAUCUAAAAUUUUGGCCUGCCUACUACAUACAAAAUUAUUAUAGAUUUAAGAUUUUCAUUAGAAGGUUAUUCCUCAAGAAAUGGCUUGCUCUUAACAUUGGGCGUUUAAAUUUUUUAAGAAAAUGAUUUUCAAAAGGUGUUAAGAUAAAUAUUUUGCCUAAGACACUGCUUUAAGUUCGUCAUUUAAGCUUCUGAUGUCCUCAAGAUAGAUGCAAAACAAAUACUGAGAGACAUAACUUGGAGAAAGCUACCAUAAGUAUUUGUCAACAGUUGAUGAUAUAUGUUCACUUCCAUUCCUUAACAAAGAGAACAUUAAUAUAAAAUCUCUCCAAAUAAGGUUUUGACAUCCUCCAAUAAAGAUUUGAUAUAAUAAUAAAAAGUUACAAAAUAAAAUCAUAAAAAUAUUUUUUAAAAAAAGAAUGUUUUAAGAGCAUGAUAAAAUGUUUGUUCCUUAUUUUAAACAGCAAUCAAAUUGAUUAUUAUUAAUCAUUAAUCUAUUACAUGACAAGACUUUUUGACAAAAUUAAUAAUUGUUAUCUAAAAGAUAAAUUGUUAAAAAUUUGCCUCUAUACAUGUUUUUAUAUUGUUAUAGAUUUAUACAUGCAUCCUAUAAAAAUGCAUCUACUAUGGGAGUAAAGCUCAUAUAAUUAGAUCACAUGUUUAUUCUUUUGAGUGUCCCCUUGAACUGGGUGCUGUAGCUGUUCUUUUAAAAUGUUAAAAAUCAAACUUUUGAUUUUUUUUGUUUUUUGUUUUUUUGGGGAGGAAAGGUUUUAUUCAGCUUACACUUCCACAUUGCUGUUCAUUACCAAAUGAGUCAAGACAAGAGUCCAAAUAGGACAGGAUUUAUUUUUAAAUUCGGUAUAUUCUUUAUUUACAUUUCAAAUGAUUUCACCUUUUCUGGCUCCCCACUCCGGAAAGUCCCGUAAGCCCUCUUCCCUCCACCCCUGAUCCUUCAUCUACUCCUUCCCAUUUCCCUGUUCUGGUAUUCCCCUAUACUGCUGCACUGAGCCUUUCCAGGGCCACUCCUUCCUUCUUCUUGGACAUCAUUUGAUAUGUGGAUUAUGUCUUGGGUAUUCAAAAUUUCUAGGCUAAUAAUCCACUUAUCAGCGAGUACAUACCAUGAUUGAUCUUUGGAGACUGGGUUACCUCUCUUAGUAUGAUGUUCUCCAGCUCCAUCCAUUUGUCUAAGAAUUGCAUGAAUUCCCGUAAGCCCCCUUCUCUUCCCCUGUCCUCCCACCCACCCCUUCCCACUUCCCCAUUCUGGUUUUGCCGAAUACUGCUUCACUGAGUCUUUCCAGAACAAGGGGCCACUCCUCCUUUCUUCUUGUACCUCAUUUGAUGUGUGGAUUAUGUUUUGGGUAUUCCAGUUUUCUAGGUUAAUAUCCACUUAUUAGUGAGUGCGUACCAUGAUUCACCUUUUGAGUCUGGGUUACCUCACUUAGUAUGAUGUUCUCUAGCUCCAUCCAUUUGCCUAAGAAUUUCAUGAAUUCAUUGUUUCUAAUGGCUGAAUAGUACUCCAUUGUGUAGAUAUACCACAUUUUUUGCAUCCACUCUUCUGUUGAGGGAUACCUGGGUUCUUUCCAGCAUCUGGCAAUUAUAAAUAGGACUGCUAUGAACAUAGUAGAGCAUGUAUCCUUAUUACAUGGUGGGGAAUCCUCUGGGUAUAUGCUCAGGAGUGGUAUAGCAGGAUCUUCUGGAAGUGAGAUGCCCAGUUUUCAGAGGAACCGCCAGACUGAUUUCCAGAGUGGCUGUACCAAUUUGCAACCCCACCAGCAGUGGAGGAGUGUUCCUCUUUCUCCACACCCUCUCCAACUGGGAGUGGGGGGCUAGAAAAGGGGAAAUCAUUUGAAAUGUAAAGAAAUUAUAUCAAAUAAAAAAAUUAAAAAAAAAGAAUUUCAUGAAUUCAUUGUUUCUAAUGGCUGAAUAGUACUCCAUUGUGUAAAUAUACCACAUUUUUUGUAUCCAUUCCUCUGUUGAGGGACACCUGGGUUCUUUCCAGCUUCUGGCUACUACAAAUAGGGCUGCUAUGAACAUAGUGGAGCAUGUGUUCUUAUUGCAUGCCAGGGAAUCCUCUGGGUAUAUACCCAUGAGUGGUAUAGCAGGGUCCUCUGGAUCUGCCAGCCUGCUGGUCUUGGGGCCUGUGUCCUGCUUGGAGAGCAGCUGAGGGAGAGACUCCCCGUGGCCAUAUUCACUGCGUGCCUGGGGCAGAAAAGUAUAACUAGCUUAAAACUGUAUAUACAUAAAAUUAUAAAGAUUACUGUCAUUGUCUAUGUAUAUGCCAAUUAAAUGAACAAUUUAAAGUAAAAGAAAAAAGAUCUCUGGGGGUGCAAACCACCAGGGAUCUGCCUGCACCCAAGACCUGAGCACAUAGGCGGUUCACCUGCCAGCCCGCCGGUCAUGGGCCUGUGUCCUGCUUGGAGAACAGCAGAGGGAGAGACUUCCCACAGCCACCUUCAAGGCCUGCCUGGGCAGAAAAGCAUCACUAGGUACUGUAUUAUCCUGAGCUUAAGACCUCUGGGGGUACAAACCUCCAGGGGUGUGCCUGCGCCCAGGACCUGAGAACAUUGGUGGUUUAUCUGCCAGCCGGUCGUGGGGCCUG